ACACAGAAGGAAUUUUAACACAGAAGGGAAAACGCCAUGGCAAAAGAUCCCCAGCAGAACUCAGAGGAAUUCUGCACCCAAGAUGCACAAAGGUGUAAAGCUAAGAAGGAACUCUGCAAAAGAUAUAAGAUCUGCGGGGUAUUGCUUUGCAGCCUAGUGCUUUCUCUCAUCCUGACAUUUCUCGGCGUCUAUUAUUUUUGGAAUCCAACACCUAAAAAAAUCUAUGACAUGGAGCACACAUUUUUCAGCGAAGGGGAGAAGCAGAAGAUCCUCGUGAAGAUAGACCCUCUCACCAGGACAGAGCUCUUUCAAACUGGAAAGGGCAGUGAGGAGGUGCUGGAAAUACAUGACUUUAAAAACGGAAUAACUGGCAUCUUUUUUGUGGGGGACCCAAAGUGCUUCAUCCGAAACCAGAUUAAAGUGAUACCUGAAAUGUCUAACCUGGAUAUGGAGGAGCCAGAGGGUGAGGAAAUGAUAGACACCUAUUUUGAACAGUCUGUGGUCUGGGUUCCAGGGGAGAAACCCAUUGAAAAUAAAGAUUUCCUGAAGAAUUCCAAGAUUUUUGAUCUCUGCAAAAAUGUGACUGUGUACUGGAUCCACCCAACCUUCCUCAGAGAGCCAGAAUUCCUUGAUUUUGAGAAUGAAGGUCAGGAGGAGGAUCCGAUUCUGAUGCACAAGCAAGACUGGGCUGGACAUGGGGAAGAGCACCACUUAGCCAAGGAAGUCAGACCAGGCACCAAGCGUCAGGCUCGGCAGCUCACCGAACAGGAUCUCCCUGUGAAUGAUUAUGCAGAGAAUGGACUUGAGUUCCACCCCCUGUGGGAUGAGAGAGGAUACUGCUGUGCCCGUUGCCGUCGGGCACAUCAAUACUGCCAGAGGGUGUGCGAGCCUUUACUAGGGUAUUACCCCUACCCUUACUGCUACCAAGGAGGGCGAGUGAUCUGCCGUGUAAUCAUGCCGUGCAACUGGUGGAUAGCACGGAUGUUGGGACGCAUAUGAGCACGCUCAGCCCCGAAAGAUAACUCCCAAUGUCUUGCAGCAUGCACAUCCCACCCAAGGUGCUCCCUGAGCCCACAUUUAUACCACAUAUUUAUUCCACUUUAAACAGCCACGGCUUCCCCAAAGAAUCCUAGGAAAGGUAGUUUGUGAAGGGUGCCGAGAGUGGUUAGGAGAUUCCUAUUCUCUUCAGAGUGCUUUAACGGUCAGUCCCUCUUUCCAGAGAACUCUGCUUCCAGCAGAUUGCCAAAGUGACUAACAGCGCUAACCUAAGGGUGCUACAGCUUGGGGCAUUUGCCUUUGGCAGUCCCAAGGGCCAAAGCACUCUAUACAAUGGGCUGAAGUCACUCGAGUGCUCCCAACAGCUCACUAAACUGGAACCAAAUGCUGCAGCUCCACUUGCAAGACAAAGCCAGCUUUUCCCAUUCUAGCGGCAUGCUAAACAGCCACACGAGGGCAGUGUUUAUCAAGAAAUUCCCAGACUUUAGCUGAACUGCAGCAGAGUAACCGAAUGCGCCUCGCAAAGCAAGCCCCAACCAACCACGACAGCCUUUGCACAAGCCCCUCAUAGCAGCAUAUUCUAGUGCUUGGAAUGAACUAGUUUGUUUUAAGGAAGUCCACUGCAUUACUCCAAAAAUUUCUGAACUGCACCUGAAAGUAGUUCCCAUAAUUGCUGGGAGAACUGGACGUGAAUUGGUUAACUUUGGGAAAGAAUUUUGAAUGAUUUCUACUUCAUUUUCAAGGUCAUCCUCUCACGUGCACUUUUAAUUCUUUGGGCUGUUAAGCUUAAAGAUAACUGUCAGAAAAACAAUCCACAUUCCAUUGUGUGUGCAUGUUGAUGUUUGCUUAGUCUUUCAAAUCACAUUUUAUACUUCAGCCCGGUAGCAGAAAAGAUUCUGAAUGCUGGGGGAAAAAUUGCCAAGGAGGAUUGGCGUGAACUUGAAUUGAACUGUGAACAGAAUGUGGAUCAAACUAGUUCACUUUGUAAAGAGAUGAACGUGAACUGGAAGUAGUUCCUUUCUAUGUUAAACUAGACCUAGUUCCUUUUUAAAAUGAACUUUCCAAGCUCUGGUAUAUUCUGAACCUUUGAAAUAUAAAUAAGAAUAGAUGUCUUACCACAGGAUAGCCUCAAUGCUAUGUACCCCUUUGGAAAUGAAGUGGCAAAUAUAUGCAAUCCAACACUGUGGAAGGAUGCAUCUGCAUCUUCCAUCACCUAAUUUGCCAAUUUCAUUAUUACUUUGGGGGGUGGGUAACAGUGGAACUGAGAAGGCUUUUUAUCUCUUCCUAUUUGACAGUGAAGUCUGAUUACAUAAAAACAUAGGAGCAUUGGUCCAUCUGGCUCAGUACUGCCUGCACUGACUGGCAGUGGCUCUCCAGGGUUUUCAGAAAGGCGUCUUUUCCAGUUCUCCACGGAGAUGCCAGGGCUUGAAUUUGGGACCUUUUGCAUGCAAGGAUGAUGCUCCACUACUGAGUUACAGCCCAACUUCAACUUUAGGAAAUGUCCUCUAGUUGGACUCAUUGCCACCAGCAAGUUCUCUCAGAAACUUUACUUUCUAAAGUUCUGCUGGAUCUCCCACAAAGAUACAGAGAUAGAAAAAAACCUCCUUGGUUUCAUUUUCCUCCACUGACUAGCUGCAAAGGUGAAAGUCUCAGUGCAAAGGCUGGGCAGCACUGUGUUAAAUUUUAUUUUACGGUGGUGAAGAAGCACCUCCAAAUCAUUUUAAUGAUUUGUUUUUAAAGAAAAAGGCCACAAGGUUCAGGGAUGUGGAGAGGGAGCUGGGCUCCUAGUUAUCAUUCACAUCAGUGGAAAUAUGCAACACACACGACAAUUGCACAGCUACAUUCCACAUAUCACAUUACCAAUCGUUUUCCUUGCCGAGAGAAAUAGUUGUUUUUCCUGCUGCAACACACUAGCAUUUUACAUGCACUAUCCCCACAACAGAAGGGCAGCCUCAAGGAAUGACAUCUGGCUCCCUCACUGUGUGACAGCUGAUUCAUGUUUUUGAAAAAAACUAAUGGUCCAAAGAGAGUUGGCAUCCCAUAAAGUCUAACAGAUAAGCUUAUUCCACCAUGAAAUAAUCUUUUAACAUGCUUUGGGACUCUUGGGUCUUUCCAGACCAGAUUGGAGCUACGUGGCUGCUCAGGUUUAACAAAGCUUUAUUACUAAUUCUUCUUUAGCUUCAUUGCCACCAAGUUAAGCCUCAUGUUUAGUUUCAUCUACUGUUUACUUUGAGUCAACAUAUAGGAACAUGAUGUACA